UGCAGGUCUAGUGUAGGGAAUUUUUUUAGACCGGCAAAACGCCGCAUACGUUAUUUUUUUUUCGAGAAUGCAACGAUCGCGUGCGAGCAGCACCAGCAGCGGCCUUAUACCGCAGACACAGUCGCCGGUGCAGCCUUUGGAGGCCCCUAAAAUAAUUGUUUUUCAUCCGGGGUCGCAACAACUGCGCAUUGGCCGCGCCGCCGACUUGAAUCCCAUUACACUGCUGCAUGCAGUGGCAUAUAGGCGCAGCGAAGAUGCUGUGGGGGCGGCCCAUCAUGAUCCGCUGCUACCAGCGCUAAACACUGAGAAUCUCACACGCAUGCAGGCGGAGUUUGAGGAGCAGCGGCUGGCAGCAUCGCGCACACUGCAGCACUGCAUAGUGGACGAGCAGAACAGACUACGCGUAGCAACGCCGCCACAGCAAUUGGCACAUUUCAAUCGCCGCAGCGUAGCGGAGCAUGUACAGCCAUCUAUUUCAGCGGUGGAGGAUAAACAGUGGGUCAGCGACGCUGAAUUGCUCUACGAUGAGCAAAUACUGCGAUUAAAUGCCUCCGCGGCGUCCUACUAUGAUGUACACUUCCCAAUGCGACGUGGCGAGCUUAAUGUGCACAACGGUAGGGGAGGAUCGCUGCAGGCGACACUUUCACAUAUGGAGCGAAUCUGGUCAUAUGCGCUGGAGCGGCGUAUUGGCAUACCGCUGCGUGAGCUGGCAACGCAUAGCGCCGUACUUGUAGUGAAUGAUGUCUAUGUGCGGCGGCAUCUACGCGAAGCCAUGACGCUUUUGCUGUUGCGUUUAGGCUUCCAGCGUUGCUUUCUGGUUCAGGACAGCGUCGCAGCCACAUUUGGCGCUGGCAUUGGCUACGGUUGUGUGGUGGACAUAGGCGCUCAGAAGACUUCCAUUGCCUGCAUUGAGGAUGGCAUAUCCCAGUUGGAUGCACGCGUACGACUCAACUAUGGCGGAGGCGAUAUUGCUCAAGUGCUGCUUAUGCUGUUGCGCAAAUGCGGUUUUCCCUAUCGCGAGUGCAAUGUGCAGCACAGCUAUGUGGAUGCGCAGUUGGUGGACGAACUCAAGGAGCGUAUCUGUCAUUUGACUCCAACGGUAUGCGGCGCACAGGAGAAGCACUUCACGCUGCGUCGAGGAUUGAACACCUGGCUUCGGUAUACGCUGCAAGUGGGUGAUGAGUCUAUUAUGGCGCCGCUAGCCAUCUUUCACACCGAGCUGCUCAAUGUGACCGGUAAAAAGCGUGAGGUGCUUACACAGCAAUCGGCGCAGGAGCAGUAUGAUUGCGAGGAUUGCUUCGAUGCUGAAUAUCUGCGCGAGACAGCCAGACGCAAUGGCGUGCGCCUAGGCGAUUCCGUAGUGAUGACCACGCCGAUGGCCCCGAGCACAACCGCAAAGCCCACACAACAGACCAUAAAUGGCGAGGAUGAGGAGCUAAAUGUGGUUGAUCAGGAUGAAAACACAGCGAGCAGCAACAGCAACCAAAACGGCCAUCAGCAGCAACAAAAGCUGCAGUCCAAGGCAAGCAAUUCUUGGUACUAUAAUUCUGGCGGUCAGGUGGUGCCACUGGAUCAGGCUAUUAUACGGGCAAUUGGACGUUGCAACAACUACGAGACACGUCGCAAAAUGUUUGGCGCCAUUCUACUUGUGGGCAGCAGUGCAAAGACAAAAGGUCUGACCGCCUGGCUGGAGCAACGCAUAAUGGCGCAAGUACCUACUGGCCUUGAGGUGAAUGUCUUCACCAAAGGCAUGGACGUGGGCAUGGUGGCCUGGAAGGGUGCCGCUAUUAUGUCUGUGCUUGAAAGUGCGCGCGAGCUGUGGAUCACGCGUACCGAAUGGCAACGAUACGGACUGCGCAUCUUACGCGAACGUUCACCAUUUCUCUGGUGAAAGCGCAUUAAAAAGUGCAAUCGUCAGUUGUAUAUAAAAUAUUUAUUAAUAAUGUAUUUUAAGUACAUACUUAUGUAUGGACAUUGUUAUAGGUUUUAUAUAUUCACUAGAGUUGUCUAUGAACCAAUUUC